CUCUGUUUUUUGGGGGGCGGGCGGGAAGGGGGUUGUAGCAGGUGCGCAAGCCCUUUCCUGAAAUUAUCCUGGUCCCUAACAAUGUCAUGGAAUAUGGCUAGUUUGUGAUGAAGACAACAGCUUAGCAGAUGUGGUAGCUGAUGAUGAUGCUUGAACACAGCUGGAUUUACUGAGGGAGGCAGAAGGGUAGCAGAAAUCUCACAGGGGUUUUGGGGCUAAGUCCCUGCAAGAAACCAUGAUCACCCUGAUAACGGAGCACUUGGAGAAACAGAGCCUAGAUGAACUGAAAUGCACAUCCUUCAGCAUCAGUUUGCCUUUGCCUGAUCAUGCUGAUGUGGCCAGCUGUGGCAGCCCCUUCCAGAUAGCACCUGAGGGAGCUUCAUGGAGGGACCUGACUCCCUGUCCAAAGAUCCAUCUUCAGGACAACCUAGGUCUUUACCAGCACUCCAGCUUGAGCCUUCCCCAGCCCCUCUGCAACCCAGACACCAGCCCUCAGAACAGCCUAGCAUCCCAAACACUGGCCACCAAUUCACUAGUCUCAGAAAAGGCUUCUGUGCCCCCCACCAAAAGACACUGCCGUUCACUCUCAGUGCCCGAAGACCUCUCUCGUUGGCAGGCAGUCUGGAGGCCCUUGGGCUCCAAAGUGUGGACACACGUCAAACGUCGGGACAAUACUGGAGAGGACACUUUAGCAGUACAGCCUCAGAUUGUGGCCCAGGGAGCCAACAGACUUUGCUUCAAUCCUGCCCCCAGUGCCUCUCAUCAGGCUGUUCAAGAUGGUGCUAGUUGUGGCAGAAGCCCACCUUUUUUCAGCCUGGCUCUAUCCAGAGAAUCGCCAGCAAGUGUUCCAUGGGAGACUGGAGAGACUUUACAGCCCUAUCCUCUACAAAGACGUUUCUCCCUGUCACCUGUCAGAUUCUUGCCCUCCCAGCGAAGUUCUACCACCUCUACACCAGAGCUGCUUCGACACCAGCACAGCCUCCCUCGGAGCCGCUCACAACCCUGUGAUUUGGACACCAGGAAAUGUGGUCUUAAGCGGCGCCAUGAUGAAGAUGUGAGGUGGCAUAGGCCCUCGCUUGAUUUCUACAAAAUGAAUCAGAAGCCAUUUGCAGGAGGUGUCUGUCAGUUAGAGAACUCUGAGGAAGGUGGCUAUCCAUCAUGGCUUUUGGACUGCAGCCCACAAGCACCCUCAGCUUCCUGCAGUCCCAUCAACAAUUACAUCCAGGUGCUUAGUGAAAGUGAGGAAGAGGAAGAGGAAGCAGCAGCAGCAAGUCGACUAAAUUGGAAUUUAGCAAGCAAAAGAACACUUUUCCAACCAGACUUUAGUGACCUUGAUCUAACUUUAAUCGAAGAGAACUAGGGAUUGGGUGUCUUUUUGCAAAACUGACUCUGGGGUCAGCAGCAGGAACAGGCUGUGCUCCUGGGUGAGGGCAGGGGGAGUGGGGUGGGUGGAAAGGGGAGAGUGGCAAUGGGACCAAUGGGGUUUUGUCUGCUUGUUUCUUUUGUAUUAAAAAAGAAAAAAAUGCUAAAGGAAAGUUGUAUAUCUCUGGGAUGGUGUGACAAAACCCUGCCAAAAGGUGUGGAAAAUGAACUUUGGCAGCAAUUCUACCUCAGCAAUCCCUAUGGGCCUCCCAGCACCAAAUCACAAAAACAUUCCCCUCAAGACAAAUACAAGAGUUCUACAUAGACUUCAGUUGCCCCAAUAUGUAGAAAUGGUAAGAUUGGUAUGAGGUAAUAGGUACGUAUUAAAAAUUUAAAAUAAAACAGUCA